AUGUCUUCAGCUACCAACCCCUUGCCUGAUUUGGACAUCGACACCGAUGUGGAUGGCCCGUCCGAAGAACAAAGUAUUACACGCGAGAUCGUUUCACGCAAGAAGGCUCGGACUCCUUUGAAGACAAAAGCCCAGCCAUGGAAGGGAACCCACGUUGUGAUGCCCGAAGACUUGCCGACUUCGAAGUAUAACAUCCAUGACCAGGCCUGGUUCAACCAGGAUGAGUAUCCCGCAGAUGACAGCUCUUAUGGCGCGUGA